CCGAGUGCUGAUAUGAAAUAGAAUGAUACGAAUAUGCCACAAGAGACUGUUUUCGUCCUCGUUGCAUGUGUUGCAGUCUGAUAAAAUGGACUUCUAUCGCUUGAUGGCCAAGUCGCGCAACCAAAAAGCCAAAUCCGACGACGAAAGUGUUCGAACCAUGUCCCUGACCUUUGAUACUAGACCCAAAACCGCCGCUGAUAACGCCGAUAUAGACAAGAUCUUUGGAUUUUCUGGAAAGAAUAAGUCAGACAAGUCCUCCAGACGAGACGUUUCGUAUAGAAGCAUACAGAGAAAUAUCGCUGGAGUGAUGGUGCCGAAACGCCCCAUAGAGCCGGACAAUUGUUGUAUGAGUGGCUGCGUGAACUGCGUGUGGGAACUUUAUGGAGAGGACCUGGAGGAGUGGAAACAGCUCACCAAGCUUGCUGCCCAAAAACUCAUGGAGCAGGGUGACGACGUGAAGGAGAAGUGGCCGGUAGGCUUUGAUCCACCUCCCGACUAUCUGCCUGCAAAAUACAUUCCUGAAGAACUCAAGGAAAAGAACGUGAGGCAGGAGCGGCAUGUGGAGAUGCCACUAGGGUUGCAAGUUUUUACACAGCUGGAAAAAAAGCUGAAAGCAAAACACCGGCAGCAAUCCGAUUCCAGAGUAGCGGCGCAAGCAUAGGCCCGUUGUAUUUGAUAUGUAUUACCGAUAUAUUCUAGCAUUAUUCGAUAUCGACGCCAUUUUUCUUCAAAAACUCUUUGGCCUCAGCAAUUUCGCCGAGCAGUUCAUGAUACUUGUCUUCCUUGUCUUUGAAGGUGAAGACUCCAUAACCCAGCGUGCCCAGUGCGUAACAGCCAAACGACACGAGAGCCCACCAUGGGACCACAGGCAACACUUCUUGCUGGACUAUUUUCGGUAAUGGAAUGACGCCAACUAGAAGUGAGAAGUAGAUUGCAGAAAGAGUAAAUAUAGCGAGCGCGGUUUCGGACGCUUUUGUCAUUGAGAAGAGAUUAU